CCCGCGCCGCCGCCGCCGACGCCUCCGCCGGCCGCACGAAGCCAAAACCCAUCCCAGCCCCACCACCACCGCCACCACCAUCUUGAGGGGGGCGCUUCAAGAAAGGCCAAAACUUGCAAUUUCCGAGCUUCGAUCGUCGCCUUGAAUGAUGGUGGUCUCCACAUUCGCAUACUUAUAAAGAACACACCUUCUCAAUUGGGUCCCUCACCGUCGCCAAGAAGAGGUCCCCAACUUAUACCUUUUUCCGAGAGUCUCGAGAGUUAGCCGAAAUUUGCCCAGAGAUCGAUCUCGGGAUUCCCUCUGCGUUUCUCUUCUUCUCCUUCUAGUCCGCUGAUCAGGCCAUGGCGGAUAUAGUGAAACAGAUCCUCGCCAGGCCGAUCCAGCUGGCCGAUCAGGUGACCAAGUUGGCCGACGACGUCCACGCGUCGUUCAAGGCCGACUGCGCCGAGGUGAAGGCCAAGACGGAGAAGCUGGCCGCGCUGCUCCGCCAGGCGGCCCGCGCCAGCAACGACCUCUACGAGCGGCCGACGCGACGGAUCGUGGCCGACACCGAGCAGGUCCUCGAGAAGGCCCUCGCCCUCGUGGUCAAGUGCCGCGGCAACAGCCUGGUGAAGCGCGUGUUCACCAUCAUCCCCGCCGCCGCGUUCCGGAAGACCUCCAUGCAGCUGGAGAACUCGAUCGGGGACGUCUCGUGGCUCCUGCGGGUGUCGGCCUCCGCGAACGACCGCGACGACGAGUACCUGGGCCUCCCGCCGAUAGCCUCCAACGAGCCCAUCCUGUGCCUGAUAUGGGAGCAAAUCGCGAUCCUCUACACGGGCUCCGUCGAGGACCGGUCCGACGCGGCCGCCUCGUUGGUCUCGCUGGCCCGGGACAACGACCGGUACGGGAAGCUGAUCAUCGAGGAAGGCGGGGUGCCGCCGCUGCUGAAGCUCGCCAAGGAAGGGCGACUGGAAGGGCAGGAGAAUGCGGCCCGGGCGAUCGGGCUGCUGGGGCGGGACCCCGAGAGCGUCGAGCAAAUCGUGAACGCGGGCGUGUGCUCGGUUUUCGCGAAGGUCCUCAAGGAAGGCCGCAUGAAGGUCCAGGUCGUGGUGGCCUGGGCGGUGUCGGAGCUGGCCAUGAACUACCCGAAAUGCCAGGACCAUUUCGCCCAGAACAACGUCAUCAGGUUGCUGGUGAGCCAUCUGGCGUUCGAGACCGUACAAGAACACAGCAAGUACGCCAUCGCGAGCAAGCAGAAGCUGUCGAUACAUUCGGUGGUGAUGGCGAGCAACAGCAAUCAAGGCGAUGCGCACGGGCAGGAAGACGAUCACGACAAGCAAGCUCCGGCCGCUCACAUUGCUCAACCGAUAGGUAGCGAAACCACGAGCCAAAUGCAGAAUGUGGUGGCCAACACGAUGGCCAUGAAGCACCAGACAUCCUCGCACUCCAAGCCGCCCACGUCGGUGCAGGGCCACAGCCCGAAUCACCGUACCAACGAUGCAAAGACCUCCCAGAACGCCACCAAGCCCCACCACCACCACCACCACCACCACCACCACCACCACCAGCAGGCCCAGAACGUGGCCCUGGCCGGGAACAGCAUCAAGGGGCGAGAGUUCGAAGACCCCGAGACCAAGGCCCAGAUGAAGGCCAUGGCCGCUCGGGCCCUUUGGCAGCUCUCCAAGGGGAAUGUCGGGAUUUGCCGGAGCAUUACCGAAUCGAGGGCGCUCCUCUGCUUCGCCAUCUUGCUCGAGAAGGGCCCCGAAGACGUGCAGUCCUACUCGGCGAUGGCGCUGAUGGAGAUCGCGGCCGUGGCCGAGCAGAACUCGGAGCUGAGGCGCGCCGCCUUCAAGCCGACCUCCCCGGCCGCCAAGGCCGUCGUGGACCAGUUGCUGAAGGUGAUCGAGAAGGGUGAGUCGCACCUACUGCUGACUUGCAUCAAGGCGAUGGGCAGCCUGGCGAGGACGUUCCGAGCGACCGAGACGAGGAUCGUCGGCCCGUUGGUGAAGUUGCUUGACGAGAGAGAGCCCGAGGUCUCGAUGGAGUCCACCAUCGCGCUCAAUAAGUUUGCGUGCGCGGACAAUUUCCUCCACGUCAACCAUUGCAAGGCCGUAAUCAGCGCGGGGGGCGUCAAGCACUUGAUCCAGCUCGUCUACUUCGGGGAACAGAUGGUCCAGAUCCCAGCAUUGAUACUCCUGUGCUACAUCGCGCUGCACGUCCCUGACAGCGAGACGCUCGCGCAGGAGGAGGUGCUCAUAGUCCUAGAGUGGUCGUCGAAGCAGGCGCACCUGAACGAGGAGUUCACAAUCAAGGACCUACUGCCGGAGGCCAAGAGCCGGCUCGAGCUCUAUCAGUCCAGGGGGUCGAGAGGAUUCCAUUGAUUUGAUCGGGAGCUGCACGACAAGCGAAAUGCUUAGAGAGAUUAGAAAUAAUUGGGCGGGGAUAAAUUUUGGUUUUAGUUUGUCUCUGCUGUGAUCGACGUUAAAGUGUAUAUAAAAUAGAUAUGUCACAUUCAAUCGCCCUUCAACAAAGAGACCGGAGAGUCCUGGAAUUUCCUUU